UUUGGUAGGCUGUGUGAGCAGUCAGAAGGAUUAUCUGGAUAGAACAAGCAGCAGAAAGAAAAAGCUGAAACCUCACUGUGGAGAAUUCUCUUGGGUAUACUUAAUUCAAUAAGCAACAACAGUCUAGCUGAAUGUAAUCUAAAGGCAUCAACUCCUCAACAGAACCUGCAAUAUUCCAUCCUUGACCCUGAAGAUGUGUGCAGUCAUGUUUACUGUCUUCGGUUUAGUUCUGAUCUUCUUGGUGUCAGCAGAUGCAGCAAGGGAUUCUGUGUUAAGUAAUCCUAACCCUGAUACCUCUGAUUCAUUAACAGUUUCAAACGUGGUCCCAUUUCCUUGGAACAACUCCAGACUGCCAACCGAUAUCACUCCAGAAUAUUACCACAUCUCUAUUAAGCCUGAUCUAGACAGACAAACUUUUUCGGGUCAAGUGAGGAUAAGACUGUCUGUCCAGAAGAAUACUAGUUACAUCAUUUUGAAUAGCAAAAGGCUUCAGAUAACUGAGGCAGUAUUAUUAGAAGUAGCCUCCAAUGAAUCAGCUGAGAAGAUUAUUCCCAGGAUAUUACAGGAACCAGUGAACGAGCAACUGGGUCUGCUGUUCCAGAAUGUUCUAUGCAUCGGAAGGAAGUAUGUGCUGACAGUUUCAUUCUCAGCAAAAUUAGCAUCAAGCUUCAGUGGAUUCUACAAGGCAUUUUACCAGACAAGAACAGGAAUGAGAAGGAUGCUAGCUGCAACUCAUUUUGAACCAAUUGCUGCACGAACUGCCUUUCCGUGUUUUGAUGAGCCCAGUUUCAAAUCUAUUUUUGCUGUGACAAUUAUUCGAGAUCCUCAGCACAAGGCCCUCUCUAAUAUGCCAAAGAAAAAUUCUGUCACAAGAUUUGAUGGAUGUGUUGAAGACAAUUUCAUGGACAGUGUGAAGAUGAGCAGCUACCUUGUUGCUUUUGUGGUCAGUGACUUUGUGUCACAUACUACCACAUGGCAACGUGGAAUCAAGGUUUCAGUUUACACAGAAGAAGAUGUACUUUACCAAGCACUAUAUGCCCACCAACUCAGCAUGAAGGUUCUAGAGUUCUAUGAGAAUCUUUUCAAGAUUCCGUAUCCUCUUCCUAAACUAGAUUUGGUUGCAAUUCCAGAUUUUGAGUCUGGUGCCAUGGAAAAUUGGGGCCUUAUCACCUUCCGGAAGACAUCUUUGCUGUAUGACCCAGAAACAUCUACACUGAAGAAUAAACUCUGGGUUAGCCUUGUUACAGCACAUGAACUUGCUCAUCAGUGGUUUGGUAAUUUAGUUACAAUGAAAUGGUGGAAUGACCUCUGGUUAAAUGAAGGAUUUGCAUCUUACAUGGAGUAUUUUUCUAUCAGUCAUUUAAAGCCUAGCUGGUCAGUGGAGGAUUUCUUUCUGAUUGGGACUUUCUACAAAGCACUGGAUAAGGAUUCUUUCAAAUCAUCACAUCCCAUUUCUGUGCCUGUGACAGGUUCAGCCCACAUCCGAGAAAUGUUUGACGAUGUUUCCUACUGUAAGGGAGCCAGCAUCCUGAGAAUGCUACAGCAUUUUCUGACGAAACGUGUCUUCUUUGAUGGGAUUGUUUCAUAUUUAAGGAAACACAGCUAUGGUAACGCCCACAAGGACCAUCUUUGGGAGGCUCUUUCACUGAGUGCAUCAACUGAAGGUAGGCCAGUGAAUGUAAAAGCCAUUAUGGACACCUGGACUGUUCAAAAAGGUUACCCACUCGUCUCCAUUACCCUAGAUGGGAGAACUCUGAAGCUAACACAGCAAAUAUUCACCCAAUAUCAGCAGGAUGAUGCAGGGUUUUCAUGGCAAAUUCCCUUUACCUACUAUACCAGUAACUCACCCAAGAUUGUCACUUACUUAAUGAAGAAUCGAGAAGAAACUGUUUCCAUCCCAGAUGAUGUUCGUUGGGUCAAAGCAAACGUCAAUUCCAGAGGGUUCUACAGAGUUUCUUAUGAUCCUUCGACUUUCAGUGCUAUUAUUGGACAGCUUAGUCAAAAUCACAACAUUUUUAGCAAGAUUGACAGAGCCAGCCUAAUUGAUGAUGCAUUUUAUCUUGCAAGCAAUGGCAGAUUAAAUUUCAGUGCAUUUUUCUCCUUGACUCUUUACCUGAAGAGAGAAAUGGAAUACUUGCCCAUCAGGAUGACUGCAAAGCAUAUUGGAACAAUGCUCAGUAAAUUUUCAAUCGGCAGGAAAUUUUGCAUUAUGAAGCUGUUGAAGGAACACAUAUGGAAACUGUUUGGGACGCAGAUGGACUUACAGACCUGGAGUGACAGCGGGACACUGCCUCAGCAGGGUCUACGGGUUCUACUCCAUUCCCUUGCUAUGGGGUUCAGGCACCGUUUCUCAGCAGAAGACCAAGCCUUAGGACUGUUUAAUACAUGGAUGGCCUCAGAUGGUCAAGCCAAGCUGCCAAAGACCCUAAGAGGACUGAUAUUCAAAACUGGCAUAAAGAAAGGUGGAAAUCAGCAAUGGUAUUUCCUGUUACGAAAAUAUCAGGAAAGUGUUUCCAGCUCUGACAGGCUACAAAUGUUGUCGGCACUGGCUCGUACAAGGAGUAUACGGAAACAAAUAUGGUUGCUGAAAGCUUCCCUAAUAAACCAAAAUAUCAAAUCACAGGAUUUCCGAACUAUCCUGAAACAAGUUUGCUGCUCACGUAGAGGAGUUGUAUUAGGGUGGCUUUUCAUCAAGUACAACUGGGAUAAGCUUGUCAAAAAAUUUUCCCUAGGUUCUACAUACCUGACACGUGUAGUCCUUACAGUAACAUCAAGAUUUGCUUCAAGAAAAAUGUACAAUGAGGUUAAAAAGUUCUUUCAGUCGAAGAAUGGCACAACAGGGCUUGCCUUCUACCGCCAGUCACUGGAAAGCAUUCAGGUCAACAUUCACUGGCUGAAAAGUAACAGAGUAGCAAUCAAAUCCUGGCUGAAGCGACAAUAUUUUCCUACUUAUACCAGUUAUAUGCACUGUCUAGAGGAAAAGUAGUAAUUUAUUACAAAUUAUUAGUUAUAUCACAAGGAGAAAUGUAUACAAAUGCUCUGGAGGUGUCACAGUGUUUAUUUAAAAAGUGACUAGAAAUUGAUAAUAAAUAUA